AUGGUGUCCGAGGUGUGGCGUACCUUGUCGCGCAUCUUUCGGAUCGGUCGAGCAAGAUUUAUCGUGGGAUACGAUCUCAAUAAAAAUGUAUACUAUGAGCUGCCCUCGCUCCAUGGAGAUCCAAAGCGGACGAGGCGAUUGAUACAAUGGAACAAGGCCAUUGCAUACCCGAGCGACUUUAAUCCCAAAGACAUACCGAUUCAGUGGGAUGCCUGGAUGCGGCACACAAGAAAAUACCCGCCGACUAUUGAGGAACUUGUGCGAGAUCGCGAACGCCAAAUGAUUGUGCAGCACAAUGCGCGGGUAUUGGAGAUGCGCUACGAAGCCGAAAGGGCCCAGCUAGAAUCGGAGCGAGAGUCUGAUCAUGCUGAAGCCAUCCGGGCGCAGACGGAACGUGAGAUGCAUCGGAUCGAGUCUAUUCGGGCAAUGGAAACUUUCACAUCUGACCAGGACGUCGAUUCGCCGCCAUCGGAAAAAUCUGGCAUUCAAAGCGCCACCAUUCAGCCCUCGCGACGACGCGGUGGCUGA